AAAGUAAAACAAAAACUAGGAUAUUGGUCAAUGAGAAAUUUAACUAUAGAAGGAAAGAUUUUAAUAGUGAAAGCAGUGAUUUUACCCGUGUUUUUACUAACCAGUUCUGUUUUUAUUCCUUCUAGGAGAGUGUUUUUAGAGCUGCAAAGGGACAUUUUUUAUUUUAUCUGGGACUCCAAAUGGGAAAGAUUAAAACGCGAUACUAUGAUGAAACCCAAAGAAAAAGGAGGAAAAGGAGUCCCAGACCUGUACCUGUUUUUAGGCAGCUUUUAUAUUAGCACUCAUUUUAAACAAGCCAUGAACAUUUUUAACAACCCUAAAACAAAUGCAAUAAAUAGAUUCUGGUUUGGGUCAUACCUACGAAAACUGAAACUUUUAAAGAGUGAUUUUAGAACCCCAGUAGCUUUUAAUCUCCCACCAGCAUACGCUUUUAUACAGAAAUUUUUACAGCAUUUUAAACUGGAAGGAGAGGAGAUCGGGAUUUUAACCAACCAUCGUUUUAUUAUCUCUGUUGUGCAGGACCGGGAACCAGCGACUCCAGUGCGCGGCCUCCUGCGUGGAGACGCCACCGCAGUUUGGCGCAACGCGAGCCAUCCCGUCCUUCCGAACAGACUCCAGGACCUGUCCUGGUUGGGGGCCCAUGAGAUCCUCCCGGUCAGAGCCGUUAUGCACUCCCGCGGCAUGUCGGCGACCUCCAUCUGCCCCCGACCCGGUUGUGGCGCGCCGGAGUCGGUGAGGCACCUGCUGUGGGAGUGCAGCGCUGCCAGGGACCUGUGGGCAGAGGCCGGCUCCUUGCAAUUCCCAUACUUGCCAGCAAGGGAGGUCCUCGACGCACAGCUAGUGCUGUACGGGGUGAGCCACCAGAAAAUGGAGAAGAAAGACUUCACAGAGAUGUGGCUCACCCUUGCCACCAUCAAAGACGCCAUAUGGACCUCCAGAAACUUGCUGGUAAGCAGGCGCAGGCAGAUGCCCCCUGUGGCUGUGAUCCGAAUGGCGGCAGCAAGAAGAAGUACCAUCAGAGCUGCAGGUGGCGCGCCAAGGACACAGCCACAAAGAAGCAUCGCCUGCGCCUUCAUGGACGAAGGAGCCGGAGCUCCACGGACAGAGGUCCCGGCAGCGGCGGCCUGGCCCUCCGGGUGAGGAAGGAGGGAAGGAGCAGCAGGGGAGGUUUUCUCCUCUGGGCACCAAGCGCUGUUUGGAAGGACGGGAUGGCCCAGAAUU